UCCCCAGAAAGGUCACCUGCCCUCAGUCCCCAGAAAGGUCGCCUGCCCUCAGUCCCCAGAAAGGUCGCCUGCCCUCAGUCCCCAGAAAGGUCGCCUGCCCUCAGUCCCCAGAAAGGUCGCCUGCCCUCAGUCCCCAGAAAGGUCGCCUGCCCUCAGUCCCCAGAAAGGUCGCCUGCCCUCAGUCCCCAGAAAGGUCGCCUGCCCUCAGCCCCCAGAAAGGUCGCCUGCCCUCAGCCCCCAGAAAGGUCGCCUGCCCUCAGCCCCCAGAAAGGUCGCCUGCCCUCAGCCCCCAGAAAGGUCGCCUGCCCUCAGCCCCCAGAAAGGUCGCCUGCCCUCAGCCCCCAGAAAGGUCGCCUGCCCUCAGCCCCAGAAAGGUCGCCUGCCCUCAGCCCCCAGAAAGGUCGCCUGCCCUCAGUCCCCAGAAAGGUCGCCUGCCCUCAGCCCCCAGAAAGGUCGCCUGCCCUCAGCCCCCAGAAAGGUCGCCUGCCCUCAGUCCCCAGAAAGGUCGCCUGCCCUCAGUCCCCAGAAAGGUCGCCUGCCCUCAGCCCCCAGAAAGGUCGCCUGUCCUCAGCCCCCAGAAAGGUCGCCUGUCCUCAGCCCCCAGAAAGGUCGCCUGUCCUCAGCCCCCAGAAAGGUCGCCUGUCCUCAGCCCCCAGAAAGGUCGCCUGCCCUCAGUCCCCAGAAAGGUCGCCUGCCCUCAGCCCCAGAAAGGUCGCCUGUCCUCAGUCCCCAGAAAGGUCGCCUGUCCUCAGCCCCCAGAAAGGUCGCCUGCCCUCAGCCCCCAGAAAGGUCGCCUGCCCUCAGCCCCCAGAAAGGUCGCCUGCCCUCAGCCCCCAGAAAGGUCGCCUGCCCUCAGCCCCCAGAAAGGUCGCCUGCCCUCAGCCCCCAGAAAGGUCGCCUGCCCUCAGCCCCCAGAAAGGUCGCCUGCCCUCAGCCCCCAGAAAGGUCGCCUGCCCUCAGCCCCCAGAAAGGUCGCCUGCCCUCAGUCCCCAUAAAGGUCGCCUGCCCUCAGUCCCCAUAAAGGUCGCCUGCCCUCAGCCCCCAGAAAGGUCGCCUGCCCUCAGCCCCAGAAAGGUCGCCUGCCCUCAGCCCCCAGAAAGGUCGCCUGCCCUCAGCCCCAGAAAGGUCGCCUGCCCUCAGCCCCCAGAAAGGUCGCCUGCCCUCAGCCCCCAGAAAGGUCGCCUGCGCUCAGCCCCCAGAAAGGUCGCCUGCGCUCAGCCCCCAGAAAGGUCGCCUGCGCUCAGCCCCCAGAAAGGUCGCCUGCGCUCAGCCUCCAGAAAGGUCGCCUGCGCUCAGCCUCCAGAAAGGUCGCCUGCGCUCAGCCUCCAGAAAGGUCGCCUGCGCUCAGCCUCCAGAAAGGUCGCCUGCGCUCAGCCUCCAGAAAGGUCGCCUGCGCUCAGCCUCCAGAAAGGUCGCCUGCGCUCAGCCUCCAGAAAGGUCGCCUGCGCUCAGCCUCCAGAAAGGUCGCCUGCGCUCAGCCUCCAGAAAGGUCGCCUGUGCUCAGCCUCCAGAAAGGUCGCCUGUGCUCAGCCUCCAGAAAGGUCGCCUGUGCUCAGCCUCCAGAAAGGUCGCCUGUGCUCAGCCUCCAGAAAGGUCGCCUGUGCUCAGCCUCCAGAAAGGUCGCCUGUGCUCAGCCUCCAGAAAGGUCGCCUGUGCUCAGCCUCCAGAAAGGUCGCCUGUGCUCAGCCUCCAGAAAGGUCGCCUGUGCUCAGCCUCCAGAAAGGUCGCCUGUGCUCAGCCUCCAGAAAGGUCGCCUGUGCUCAGCCUCCAGAAAGGUCGCCUGUGCUCAGCCUCCAGAAAGGUCACCUGUGCUCAGCCUCCAGAAAGGUCACCUGUGCUCAGCCUCCAGAAAGGUCACCUGUGCUCAGCCUCCAGAAAGGUCACCUGUGCUCAGCCUCCAGAAAGGUCACCUGUGCUCAGCCUCCAGAAAGGUCACCUGUGCUCAGCCUCCAGAAAGGUCACCUGUGCUCAGCCUCCAGAAAGGUCACCUGUGCUCAGCCUCCAGAAAGGUCACCUGUGCUCAGCCUCCAGAAAGGUCACCUGUGCUCAGCCUCCAGAAAGGUCACCUGUGCUCAGCCUCCAGAAAGGUCACCUGUGCUCAGCCUCCAGAAAGGUCACCUGUGCUCAGCCUCCAGAAAGGUCACCUGUUCUCAGCCUCCAGAAAGGUCACGUCGCGUUAGACGUCGAAGACAAACAUUUGUAGACAUCACACACAAUUAA